AUUUUAUUCCAUCUUUUUUUACUGUGCAAUAUUCCUCGCAUUUUCCGUAAAUUCUCUAUCUCUCUCUGUCACUCAAAUCCCCGAUCCCAAUGGUUUUCCAUCUUACCCGCGAACGUCGCUUGACGUUGGUGAUCAGUAUCUCCGCAUCUUUCUUCAUAGCGGAGAUUUCAGUUGGCUUCUACACCCGCUCUCUCGCGCUGGUGGCCGAUGCAUUCCAUUAUCUGAACGAUCUGGUCGGAUUCAUUGUAGCUCUCGUCGCAUUAAAGAUGUCGCAGCGGAGCAAACACCCGAAGGAGCUAUCCUUUGGUUGGCAACGAGCCCAGCUGCUGGGUGCUUUCUUCAACGGCGUCUUCCUCCUGUCCCUGGGCAUUAGCAUUUUCCUACAGUCGAUCGACCGGUUUAUAUCGUUGGAGAAACUCGAGAACCCGAAGUUAGUCUUGAUUGUCGGAUGUGUGGGUUUGGGCCUCAAUCUUGUGAGCGGAGUUUUUCUACACGAGCAUGAUCACGGCGAAGGGCCUUCUUCGGUCGAUGAUGGCUCCGAUUUGUCAAGUCAGGAAUCUGUUUUGGAACAUAGGGGCUCACUCUCCCGGGUCGUGCGCCCUCACGUCGAGCAUCGACACCUUGUCAAGCCCCAAGCCAAUAAAAAGGGGCACGAUCUCGGAAUGAUGGGCGUCCUCAUCCAUGUCCUCGGCGAUGCGAUCAACAAUAUCGGCGUCAUCAUAGCUGCCCUGGUGAUAUGGAAGGCUGAUUACGAGGGGAAAUACUAUGCUGAUCCAGCCGUGAGCAUGGGUAUCGCGUUUGUGAUCCUGUUGUCUUCACUUCCUUUAGUCCGUAAGAGCGGGGCAAUCCUCCUACAGAGCGUCCCUCUUGGACUCGACCCAGAAGAUGUCCAACAUGACCUAGAAGCAAUCCCCGGUGUGGAAUCCGUCCAUGAGCUCCAUAUCUGGCGUCUCAAUCAAGAAAAGGCCAUUGCGUCCGCCCACCUCGUGGUCUCCGACGAGCUGAUUAGCGAUUUUACCGACAAGGUCAAGAUCAUCAAUGAGUGCUUCCACGCUUACGGAAUCCACAGCACCACGCUACAGCCCGAGCAUGUGCGUCUCCUCCCGAGACAAGCGAGAAAAUCGACCGACGGUAUUGAGUUUGCACAGCAAGUCGCGGCUGGGAGUAAUCAGGGGGUAAUACAACGGCAUGUGCUGAGUGAAGAAGUUGGACCUGCGAGUCCAAAUACUGCGGCAUGUCGGGUGAACUGCGGGAGCAAUUGUGAUGGGUAUGCUUGCUGCGUUCGAGAAAAAACACUCUAAGAGCGCAUCCACGUUGAGUAUGGUACUAGAUGAAGUGAGCUGAGGCUUCAUUAUUCCUUUUGGUAGGCAGCGAUUCUGCAGAGCCUCUCGCAAUGGUAGGGAAGAAAAACAAAAUGAUGCAUAUAUAGUGAAGAGCUGAUUCUCUAAACCGUGGAAAUUAUGGGGGGAUAGGGAUGAUAAUUCGAAUGUGUCUACAGAAUAUUA